AUGAGAGCAGAGAUUGGAGUGAUGUGGCAACAAGCCGAAGAAUUCCUGGAGCCACCAAAAGCUAUGAGAGACAAAGAACAGACUACCAUAGAGCCUUCAGAGAGUCUCUUGUUUAAGUUCCUGGUUAUUGGAAAUAUAGGUACUGGCAAGUCGUGCCUGCUUCAUCAGUUUAUUGUAAAAAGAAAAAUAAAAAAAAAAUUCAAAGAUGACUCCAAUCAUACCAUAGGAGUGAAAUUUGGUUCAAAGAUAAUAAAUAUUGGUGGUAAAUAUGUGAAGUUGCAGAUAUGGGAUAUAGCCGGCCAAGAGCGAUUCAGGUCUGUGAUGACCAGAAGCGACUACAGAGGCGCUGCCAGGGCUCUGCUCGUUUAUGACAUCACCAGCCGGGAAACCUACAAUCUGCUUACUAAUUGGUUAACAGAUGCCAGAAUGCUCGCCAGUCAGAACAUCGUGAUCAACCUCUGUGGAACAAUGGACCUGGACGCAGACCAGGAAGUGACUCUCUUAGAAGCCUCCAGAUUUGCUCAAGAAAAUGAACUGAUGUUUUUAGAAACAAGUGCAUUGAUGGGGGAGAGUGUGGAAGAGAUCCCCAGUGAUCAAGUCCUGAACAUUUCUCCAGUGAUCGCUGUGAAGAAAGACCUGAGUGGGCCUUCUGGGAAGUGUCUCGCAACACUGCAGGAGCUAGUUGUACAUCGACCUUGUGUGCUCUUUUUCCCACUGGAGAAACUGUAG